AUGGUCUGCCGAAAAUCGCGCAUCGAGAUUGACCACGAACUACGCACCAUCAACGCGCAGGUCAAAACCCUUCAGCGACGCGAGGAGGAGCUAGCCCGUAUCCUCAAAGACAUGUAUCUUCUCCAUGCGUCGAUUCAAGCUGAGAAUCGAUCUCUUCUACAACAACGAAUCCAGCUCGAGUUCCAGAAACAGCCUAUCAACUGGCUCCCCAGCGAGCUUCUCUGUCGCAUAUUCUUCCACGUCAUCUGGCAGGACCCCGUGAACGAUGGUGACCCACAAUUCUCGGAGCAGCGCAAUACAAUCUACCCCGAUGCUAUUACUCUCUCCCACGUGUGCAGUCGUUGGCGUCAGGUCGCUCUGUCGACAUCACGUCUCUGGGCGUACAUUUCGUACCGAACCCGGCGGUGGUGUCCCAAAGCCCUUAGCCUUUUGCUGGAGAGGGCUGGGACUAGCCCAAUUGAUCUCGCGUACUCUGUCCGGCCUCGAGAUGUACGCGCUAAGGAGGACGCACGGGAAGAGGUUCUCACAGGAAAGCAGCUGCUUCGUGCAAUCAUCAGGCCCUACUCGCACCGCCUACGCUCAUUGCAUCUUACGUUCCACGAAAUGGCCGGUGUAGACGCGGUGACAACGACACUUUCAUCGCUUGACUUCCCCAUGCUCCAACAACUCGAACUCAGCGUUCCUCCCAAGAAUCGCCGACACUUCCGGUCAGAAACCUCAACUUUGAACUUUCUCGAACAUUCCACGACAAGUCGGUUUGACUCUUUGACCGACAUGCGCGUGCAGGGAGUUCCUCUCAGAUGUUUCUCGCGUUAUACGCUUGUCAACUUACGGACGCUGGAGCUGUCUUUCCCAGCUCAAGGAUCAUCCCUGCCGACCGAAGAGCUCACUCGAUUUCUCGCCUACGCAUCACAGCUUGAGGACCUCACCCUCGACAACGUCCGGCAUGACGGGAAACAUUUACCAACAGCACCAUCUUCCACCACCUCAGACGCUGAUAGUCUUCCAAACACAACCCUACCCUUGCUUCAACGGCUCACUUGGCAUGAUGCUUCCGCCGCCCACGUCAGGACACUUAUGUCCUCUCUGCACACACCCCGGCUAAAGUCCUGGGACCUGACCGUCCUCCCGGAGCCCAACUUUGGCGUUGCCCUUGCUCGCGCUGACUGGCUAGCAAUCAGACCGGCGCCGACCAGUGACCCGCUCGAGGGCGUCCACACGCUCAGCGCGCUCACCGACCUCACUGUGCAGUGCAACGACGGGGAGGCACUCGAGCGCGUCCUACACGCGUUCGCGUUCCCGGCGCUCGAGCGGCUCGAGCUCGGCUUCCUGGAUCCCAUCUCAGCCGCCGGCGCAGGUGCGAAGCUCGGUCUCCCGCGCGUCGAGAGCCUCUUUCGAGACCCGCGUCUCGCGACACUGACGCACCUCACUCUCUCGGAUUUUGCGUUCAAGGGUGGGCGGGGGUAUGCAAGAGCUAUGGGAGGUCACGGAUAUGAGUGUGAGAUGGAGUACGAGGACGGGGCGAUGCUGCAGUACAUGCCAGGCUUGGUGUCGUUGACGCUCGUGGCGUGUGCGAGUGCGGGCGUGCUGCUGCACGAGCUUGCGCGAACGUGUCCGGGAGGCGGGUUCUCUAACACUUGUGCUGCUCAGGGGCAAGGCAUCACCGUGCGCGCGUGCCCGAAGCUCGAGGAGAUGACGCUGAUGAGUUGCCAAGACGUCGCGUUUGAGGACAUCUGCCGCAUCGCGCACUUGCGCUCUGGCCAGCUACGCACAGGUCCCUCAGCGAACGUCAAUGGCAAUGUUCCCGCUCUUCCGACAUUCGGCACCUGCCUGGCUGGUUCAUGGCCUCUGGACUCCAACGCAGUCGCACCAGCAGCCGUUGGUAAUGCACCUCCGCCUCUAAACCUGUCUGUGCAGGCUCAGCGCAAGGUCAUACCUCUCCGGCGCAGCAUGCAUACUAACCGCGCUCCGAUGGGAGGCUUUAGUACAACGUCGAUGAUGAUACCCUCGAUGGCCAUGGCGCCGCACCCCGCAAAACUGGAGCGUGUAUAUAUCGACGACUGUCCACUUGUGACGAGAAGAGACGUGGAGGCGCUGGAGGAUAUGGGUGUUAUAGUGUCGUAUUCCUAG